CCCCCUAUCCAAUCCUCCUCCUCUCUUUCUCUUGGACUUUAAUCUUUCACUGAGCUAAUCUCAGUCGAUCCGGCAAAAAUGAAGGUCCACGGAGCCGUAUUAUCAACCGCAUCCCAGCGAGUGUUCGCUUGCCUCUACGAGAAAGAGCUCGACUUCGAGUUAGUUCCAGUUGACAUGAGAACCGGCGGCCACAAAAAGGAACCUUUCAUUUCUCUCAACCCAUUUGGUCAAGUUCCGGCGUUUGAUGAUGGAGAUCUGAAACUCUUCGAAUCAAGGGCAAUAAACUUGUACAUCGCACAUGCAUAUGCCGACAAGGGGAACCAGUUGAUAUAUUCGGAUGGGAAGAAAAUGGCCAUCCUAUCGAUGUGGAUGGAAGCAGAGGCUCACCAGUUUGACCCGGUGGCUUCGAGCCUCUAUUGGGAGCUUGUUUUCAAGCCCAUGUUCGGGAUGACAACGGACGCCGCAGUGGUGGAUGAGAAGGAGGCCAAAUUGGGUCAAGUUCUGGACGUAUACGAGGCGCGACUAGCUCAGUCCAAGUACUUGGGCGGAGACGACUUCACCUUGGCGGAUUUGCACCACCUCCCCAACAUUCAAGUUUUGAUGGGUACCCAAGUUAAGAAACUGUUUGAUUCACACCCCCAUGUCAACGCGUGGUGUGCCGAUAUCCUGGCCAGGCCGGCUUGGCUUAAGGUUCUUGCAAUGCAAGCCAACAACUAAUCUACCAUUGCUCUUCCACGUGAAUAAGAACCGGAAAAAAUAUGCUGCCGAAUUAAAAAGGAGUGCAAAAUCCAUUUCCCUUUAUUUAGAGCUUUUGUAAUAAGUCAUAUUGGUAAUAAGUUUGGUAUUUCAAGGUCAGAUCGCUUUGACCACCUCGAGUCUGUAUGUUGUAAGUGUUGUCAUUUGGUUGGUGAGAAAAAGAGAAAGAGAGUGGAAAUUAGGUGCUUUCUUCUUCCAA